AUGGCGGGACCGUCGAACAAACUACUUAGUUACAAACUUGACCUCUCGCCUCGGGGAUCGUCGAACAAACUACUAAAUUACAACCUUGACCUCUCGCCUCGGGGACCAUCGAACAAACUACUUAGUUACAACCUUGACCUCUCGCCUCGGGGACCGUCGAACAAACUACUUAGUUACAACCUUGACCUCUCGCCUCGGGGACCGUCGAACAAACUACUUAAUUACAACCUUGACCUCUCGCCAAGGAGACCAUCGAAAAAACUACUUAGUUACAACCUUGACCCCUCGCCUCGGGGACCGUCGAACAAACCACUUAGUUACAACCUUUACCUCUCGCCUCGGGGACCGUCGAACAAACUACUUAAUUACAACCUUGACCUCUCGCCACGGGGACCGUCGAAAAAACUACUUAGUUACAACCUUGACCUCUCGCCUCGGGGACCGUCGAACAAACUACUUAGUUACAACCUUGACCUCUCGCCUCGGGGACCGUCGAACAAACCACUUAGUUACAAACUUGACCUCUCGCCUCGGGGACCAUCGAACAAACUACUUAAUUACAACCUUGACCUCUCGCCUCGGGGACCAUCGAACAAACUACUUAGUUACAACCUUGACCUCUCGCCUCGGGGACCGUCGAACAAACUACUUAAUAACAACCUUGACCUCUCGCCUCGGGGACCAUCGAACAAACUACUUAGUUACAACCUUGACCUCUCGCCUCGGGGACCGUCGAACAAACUACUUAAUAACAACCUUGACCUCUCGCCUCGGGGACCAUCGAACAAACUACUUAGUUACAACCUUGACCUCUCGCCUCGGGGACCAUCGAACAAACUACUUAAUUACAACCUUGACCUCUCGCCUCGGGGACCAUCGAACAAACUACUUAGUUACAACCUUGACCUCUCUCCUCGGGGACCGUCGAACAAACUACUUAGUUACAACCUUGACCUCUCGCCUCAGGGACCGUCGAACAAACUACUUAGUUACAAACUUGACCUCUCGCCUCGGGGACCAUCGAACAAACUACUUAGUGACAAACUUGACCUCUCGCCUCGGGGACCGUCGAACAAACUACUUAGUUACAAACUUGACCUCUCGCCUCGGGGACCAUCGAACAAAUUACUUAGUUACAACCUUGACCUCUCGCCUCGGGGACCAUCGAACAAACUACUUAGUGACAAACUUGACCUCUCGCCUCAGGGACCGUCGAACAAACUACUUAGUUACAAACUUGACCUCUCGCCUCGGGGACCAUCGAACAAACUACUUAGUUACAACCUUGACCUCUCGCCUCGGGGACCGUCGAACAAACUACUUAAUAACAACCUUGACCUCUCGCCUCAGGGACCGUCGAACAAACUACUUAGUUACAAACUUGACCUCUCACCUCGGGGACCGUCGAACAAACUACUUAAUUACAACCUUGACCUCUCGCCUCGGGGACCAUCGAACAAACUACUUAGUUACAACCUUGACCCCUCGCCUCAGGGACCGUCGAAGAAACUACUUAGUUACAACCUUGACCUCUCGCCUCGGGGACCAUCGAACAAACUACUUAAUAACAACCUUGACCUCUCGCCUCGGGGACCGUCGAACAAACUACUUAGUUACAACCUUGACCUUUCGCCUCGGGGACCGUCGAACAAACUACUUAAUAACAACCUUGACCUCUCGCCUCGGGGACCAUCGAACAAACUACUUAGUUACAACCUUGACCUCUCGCCUCGGGGACCGUCGAACAAACUACUUAAUAACAACCUUGACCUCUCGCCUCGCGGACCAUCGAACAAACUACUUAGUUACAAUCUUGACCUCUCGCCUCGGGGACCAUCGAACAAACUACUUAAUUACAACCUUGACCUCUCGCCUCGGGGACCAUCGAACAAACUACUUAGUUACAACCUUGACCUCUCGCCUCGGGGACCGUCGAACAAACUACUUAAUAACAACCUUGACCUCUCGCCUCGGGGACCAUCGAACAAACUACUUAAUAACAACCUUGACCUCUCGCCUCGGGGACCGUCGAACAAACUACUUAGUUACAUCCUUGACCUCUCGCCUCGGGGACCGUCGAACAAACUACUUAAUUACAACCUUGACCUCUCGCCUCGGGGACCAUCGAACAAACUACUUAGUUACAACCUUGACCUCUCGCCUCGGGGACCAUCGAACAAACUACUUAAUAACAACCUUGACCUCUCGCCUCGGGGACCGUCGAACAAACUACUUAGUUACAACCUUGACCUCUCACCCCGGGGACCAUCGAACAAACUACUUAGUUACAACCUUGACCUCUCGCCUCGGGGACCUCUUGCAUAUACAUAA